GUAUUUUCCAUGAAUACUAAAAGAACGAAUCUAUGCGUGUUAACUAAAGCAACAAAUCCGCGGGCGCACAUCGACUAAAUGAUAUUAAUGUACGUUAGAACAAGUUGCAGGAGAAUUUAUGCUAAAAUUUUCUGUCUAUUUUCCUAUUAAUUAAUAUUCUGUAGACUGUAUCAUCCACAGCAAAAGAUCAAUGCCCAAGUAUUAUAGAUAAGCCGGAUUAACUCGAAGAAAGAAAGGUUAAUUAGAGAGAGAGAGAGAGAGAGAGAUCUAGAGAGAGAACGGAAGUUGAGAUCGAUGGGGAAGGCAGGCAGUGUAGGAGUUGGAAUGGAUUAUUCAGCAACAAGCAAAUUAGCACUAAGAUGGGCAGUCGAUAAUCUGAUCGAACAAGGAGAUCGCAUCGUAUUAAUCCACGUUGAGCCAACCACAGCAGCUACCACAAGCAGGAAGCAGCUGUUUGAGAACACUGGAUCACCUUUGAUACCUCUGGAAGAACUUGUGGAGACUAAUGUCUCAAAGCAGUAUGGACUUACAAAUGAUCCAGAGGUGCUUGAUAUUCUUGACAAAGUGUCAAAAACUAAAGGGGCUAAGGCUGUGGCAAAGGUGUACUGGGGGGAUCCAAGAGAAAAGUUGUGUGAUGCGGUGCAAGAUCUCAAGCUUGAUUCGCUUGUCGUUGGAAGCAGGGGCUUAGGCCCUAUCAAAAGGGUGUUGCUGGGCAGUGUAAGCAUCUAUGUGGUGACAAAUGCUUCAUGUCCGGUUACAGUUGUCAAGAGCUCACGCAAUCAUCCAAACCAUAAAAGCUCAAAGAAGCUAUCUUUCAAAUGAUAACUAGUACUUUGAAUUAUAAUGUGUUGAAAUUAAAGGAAUCAGGCCUUGGGUAUAUUGUGGGUUUCCAUUUUUUUUCUUUUUCUAAUUAGGGUGGUAUUAUCUGCAUAUAAAUUUUUAUCUCUUCCACACCUCUUGUUAAUUUAUAUCCUUUGAACUUA